AUGCAUAUAAAAAUAUGUUUCAUUGUUCUUUUCGGUUUUUUUCAUUUAUGUUUUGCAACAAUUAAUAUGAACUUUAAGUGGAAUGAAUCAUUGGGAGAUUUCGUUCCUAUUUUGAAUCAUUAUGUCUAUCAACUAAAUAGUUCGUUUCGUAGACGGAUUCAACAAUUAGAGGAUCACAAAUUUCAGGGUGAAAUAAUAAAACUGGCUUAUUAUGAGGAAAAAAAUCUUGUCAACUUUUACGAUAAAGAUUCAAAAGUUACUGGGAUUUGUGGCGAGGUGUGGAAUGCGUUGUCAGAAUACUUAAACUUCACACUUUUUCCAAUCAAAAUUCACGAUACUACGUUUGGACGGAAAAUGUCUAAUGGAAGUUACACCGGUUUAUUAGGAAUAUUGCAACGAAGAGAAGUUCAUGUUUUACCAAGAGUUAAUUAUUAUCUAGCCCACUGGAAUAUGAUGGAUUAUACUAUUCCGGUGUGGGAAAAUAGCGCUCAUAUAUAUAAUCGUCCGGAAUAUAAAAGUAAUGGCUCAUGGAUCUUCCAUUUGUUUACUUGGCGAGUGCGGCUGGUAUUAGCGUUGAUACUAAUUCUCUUCAGUGUGCUAGGAGUAUUGUCUGAGAAAGCAUCAUCUACACAAACUCGAACCUAUCAUUUAAGUCUACAAGAUUAUAUGGAAGCUAGCCGUUAUUUAGGCGAUUACUCUUCACGUUUUCAAUUUAUACCUUCUAAAGAGAGAAUGACAGCAAAAGCCUGCUGGAGUAAGAAAAAGUAUGCAAUAAUCGAAGCUGAUGACAGACAACAAGCUUCAGGUAUGAAAAGCUGUCUUUUGGUUAGAACUGGCUCGCCGCUUUUUUCUACUUGGACUACCAACGGAAUUGUCAAAGGAUUCAAGUAUAAACGUUCAUUUGACAUAGGAAUUAUUAAAUUACAUGAACGUGGUAUCAUUGAUAUUCUAAAGGAUCGUUGGACUCCAUAUAAGUUUGCUUAUUCGAAUGAUCGCAAUACUAACGCUAUUGAGUUUUAUCACGUUCAAGUGCUCUUUAUUUUUAUUUUUCUAGCCGUGAUAGCUUCUAUUUUGAUUUGCAUACUUGAAAAUAUUAUUUUUUUAUUUCAUCGUCGUUGCAAGAACAAAAAACAAAUAAUUUGCCAACAACGACGACAGAAGAGGCUCCAUGCCAAACGAUUUUUGUUUAUAACUCAAACGCAAUUGAGAACUUUGAAAACAUCUGCAAAAGUUGGACUGUUUUUUAAAUAG